AUGGGGGUCUGGGGGCCCAGAGGCGCAGCCCUGGCUGAACAGAGGGCUGGGGAGAUGUCCCCUCCCAACCCUACACCAAGAAAACAUCACUCUAAUGUUUUCCUUAAGGAAAGAACAUACAUCCUCAAGGUGGGAAGUAACAGCGCAGCCAAUAUAAGAACAAAGUGCACAGAUAUUCAAAUGUCCUUUCAGUACUCUCUCUAUGCAACCACCUACAUCGUCAUAUUCAUCCCUGGUCUUUCAGCCAACAGUGCAGCCUUGUGGGUUCUGUGCCACUUCAUCAACAAGAAAAAUAAAGCCAUCAUUUUCAUGAUCAGCCUCUCUGUAGCUGAUCUUGCUCAUUGUUUGCUGUCUUUACCUCUCCGGAUUUACUAUUUCAUUAGCCACCACUGGCCCUUCACAAAGGCCAUUUGCCUACUGUGCUUCUACUUGAAGUAUCUCUACAUGUGUGCCAGCAUUUGUUUCCUGAUGUGCAUCAGUCUUCAGAGAUGUUUCCUUCUCCUCAAGCCCUUUAGAGCCAGAGACUGGAAGCGUAGGUAUGAUGCAGGCACCAGUGCUGGCAUCUGGAUCAUUGUGGGGACUGCCUGUUUGCCACCUCCAAUUCUGAGGAGUGCUGGCUUAGCCAACAACACUGAAUACUGCUUUGCCAAUUUAGGGUUUCAGCACAUUAGCAUGGCUUCCUCCAUUCGUAUGAUAACUGUAGCUAAACUUGGAAGUUUUUUUUUACCUGUUGCCAUUAUAACGUAUUGCACAUGGAAAAUGAGAAAAUCUUUACAGGAAUUCCAAGUUCCUGCUCAGAGUACCAAAGAGAGAAAGAAGUCUUUGUUGCUGGUUCUGAUAUAUGCAGUGGUGUUCAUUGUGUGUUUCCCUCCUUACCACCUCAACUUCCCAUUCUAUAUGAUGGUGAAACAACAUGUCUUUUCAAACUAUUCUUUUUUAAGAUUCCUAUGUUUUUACAUCAUUUCUCUAUGUCUUGCAGAUCUGAAUUGCUGCCUUGAUCACGUUGUAUAUUAUUUUACGACCUCAGAAUUCCACAAUAGGUUUUUGGACUACAGGUUGGCUCUUCAGUCAUGUGUGAGAUGCAAGGACAGUGCUUUGGAAAUUCAUCACAGGAAGGAGAAACUUCAAACUAUCUCUCUUACAAAUUUGAAUGAUUCCAAGAUAAUACAAUCAAAUAAAUAA